AUGCACACACCCGGGAACGUUCCUACGACGGAGCAAACGCCACUUUUGUUUUCCUCCGACUCUGACUCCUCAUCCUCCUCAUCCUCAUCGGAUCGAGAUUGUCGACCCAAGGCGCAACAUACUCCGGUCCCGUGGACAUACCAUGUUGUUACCCUCGCUUUUGUCGCACUAUCUCUUGUCUUAUGCUUGGUUGUAACCCUAAUAUUUACGAUUCACUCAUAUGUGGGCCCGCUUCUAAGAGCAGACCCUUCGGUACUGGCUCAACGUUCUCUCAUAGUCGAAGGUCCAUCACGCUUCAAAGUCAUAAACUACACUUCUGAUGGAAUUUGGUGCGAAUUGGGCGGUCUAGCCGCUAUUGAUGCAUCCCGAACAUUUGGUCUUUCUUCCAGCCACCUUACCGAUAGAAUCGCUAGUUGGGCGGCGCGGCGAGUUGGCAGCGUCACUAUAACAACACCCGAGGUCCAGGUCUUCUCCUACGAUGCUACCUUUUUGGCUGCGCUAGAGUUACCAGCCAUCAAUUUACCUUUAACAACAAGCUCCCCUCCAAAACUCAAGAACGUUACGGUCCAGGCUCUGUUCCGACCAGCAAGAAACAUCGACAAUAUACUCAAGUUCGCUUCUCAUUCCUGGGAGACCGGAGCUGGAGAGCUUAGAUUACGAGUACCUAAAGGCGUUGUAGUUGGCGGAAAACGUCCCUCAGGAUGGAGAAAAUGGAUUCGUAUCGAAAAACAUGAUAUUGCAGCUAGCAUCAAACUCAACAUUCCUCCUAUUCCAGGACUUCCUCCAGCACCCCCUAAUGGCCCACGCCCAACUCCUGAUCUGGCGAGCCUUGUAUACCUGCAAUCGUACCACAUUUUACCCCCACCCCCAACUCUCCGACUUGUGGGUACAGCGACUCUCCCCAACCCACUUCCUUUUAUUUUACAAGGAGCAAUUGAGCUAUCGCUCCCAUUUGUGGUCUCCCUUCCUCCAUUGGACUCCAAAGAUCCACUUCCAAUUGCUCGCGUCGAAACCGCUCCGCUUGCACUCACCGCGCCAAACAUAUCCCUGGCGAUCUCUGGCCACGUUUUGCCUUUGCCUUCUUCAUCAAGCUCUAUUUCCCCUGUUUCCAAAUUCGCCUCGGACUUCUUGGCUGCGCGCUCAUCACCCGUUCUCAUCACCACUGAUUUCUUACGAGACCUUGGGGUUGCGGGGGAGAUCACGAUGAAAGCAGAGUUCCCCGCUAGUGGUACGCGGCCAGACUUACUUCGCGACGUCCAAAUUUCGAACAUGCGAAUUUCCUUGCGUGGAGAACAAAUACUCGCUUCCGCAUUUGUUCGGGCCCAUAUUGUUCCUCCAAAUAGCCUAUCGGCUGUUCAUAUCAACGCAACGCGCGUUUGGCCAGAUCUUCUUGUUUAUGAUGGUCCUGCCCCACAACUCUGGCCGUUUGAUGAUCCAAGUCCUAGGGCGUAUAGUGGUAUCGAACCUGAUUCAUGGGUGCUUGCACAUACCGAGUCAUCAGAUGGUCAACAGAGUGGCGAAAACCAGGGCGUUUGGGUGCAUGCACAGGUUACUGACAUUCCGUUGGAUGUUUUACCCGGAAGAAACCCUGAACUACAAAGGUUCAUUCGCAAGGUCUUGUUCAACCCGAACGGUGCUCGGGCAGGGGUCGCCGGGAUUACAGCUGUAGCAGCACGUGUCGGCGGACUUGUUGUAGGCAGCAGGGAGAGCGGGGAGCUUGAGAUGUACGGGCUUCCUUUACGUGGAGAGACAACGGUUGGGAAAAAGAGUCUUUUGGGCUGGAGUGUUCCCUCUCCUGACGACUCCAUUCCUACACCAAUUGCUUCAUCAAUUCCCACGAGUACCCGGACGGUUCCCACUCCAUCACAACACCCACCGGUUUUAACAUACGUACCAGAGCCGCCACGUCGACUAGAGCCUGUACCAAUGCGGGAUCCUGAGCCCGAGCCUGAGCCAGACGCGGAACCAGAGUAUGAGUCGGAGUUCCGAGCAGAACCCCAACUUCAACCAGAACCAGAGGUCGAGGUCGAAUCCGAGCCAUACUUCGAGCUUGAUGACGAGUAUGAGUACGAAUACGAGCCGGCACCUACGCCCGCACCCAGUCCUACGCCCGCACCUGCGCCGGUACAUAGGUCUGAACCAGAACCUCAACUCGAACCAGAGUUAGAAUAUGAGCCCGAACCACCAGUUGAGAGAUGGCCAAGUUAUGGAGGCUGGGAGGAUCCUGAGGACAAGUUGACUUAUGAAGUACAGGGUUCUGAGGAACUCUGGCAAGUUGGAGUCGCAUAUUGA